GCGCAGAGCUGCAGAAGCCGCAGAAGGAGGAGAUCUGCUCGGCUGGUUUGUUUACAGGUCGGAGUUUGGAGCCGAGCCGCUCCGGACUGCAUUCAAGCCCCGCUCCGCGGCUCGGACACUCGCUUCGGACACUUCAGCAGCUCUUUGACCAGCAUGGGCGCCUCCUGUGGCUGUCAGUGUUGUGUUUCGGCGCUCCUGGCCGCGUGUUUGUGGCUGAGCGGGGCUGCGUGGGCUGAGCAGGUCGCGCUGGUGGAGGUGUUUGUGCAGCAGGACUCGGUCCGGAUCCUGCAGGGGCAGCUUCUUCAGGACAGCCUGGACACAAACCCCGCACAAGCCCACCACAAGAAAGACCCCAAAGAGCCUGACCUGCAGGGGGACCUCAGACUGAUCCGUGAUGAAGAUGAAGGGAAUGAAGUGAUCAGUAGUGAAGAUGAUGAUGAUGACGGUGAUGCUGCUGAAGAAAAGAAGAAGAACCCGUGGAUAGGAGUGGUGCCUGUCGAGAUGGAGGAAAGCAGCACCGUUUCUAACGGCAACCAGGAAUCUUUCGCCACUGCUGUUGUCAACAAGAUGAAGAGAGCGCUUGUUUUGGGCGCGUCUGCCCUCAUCAUCCUCGUCCUCAACCAGAAUACAGUCCGAGAGAUGGAUCUCUCACAGGUUCUCUCGAAGCCCGUCAUCAUCAUUCAGACCUCAGAAAACGUCACCAGACUCAUCGGAGCUCUGCUCAGAGGUCUUCAUGCAACGGCAAAAAUCACAUACAAAACCUUCCUGCAGAAUAACUUGGGGGCCACUCUGACCCUGUGGUCCAGCUGUGGACGCUCCAGAGGGGGGCUUUAUGGAGAGUGGCAGGGGGUCAUCUGCACCGGAGAAACAAACUCACCUGUACAGAAGUACCUGCAGCAGCUGUGGAACACUGUGGUGCUGGUGGCUCUGAUUCUGUCCACUGGGGUCAUAGUUCACGCCCGCUGGCAAUACCACGACAACCAGUUCAAUGAUGACCUACAGCUGCGGCCAAAGCAGGACCUGCUGAAAAGACUCUCAGCGUUGAAGACACGAACGUACCGGCAGCCUAAAGCCUGGAGCGACCCGACACACGGUCAGCCUGAGACGGACAGCUGCGCCGUGUGUUUAGAGCAAUACAACAACAACCAGUGUUUGCGGGUGUUGCCGUGUCUGCAUGAGUUCCACAGAGACUGUGUGGAUCCGUGGCUCCUGCUGCAGCAGACCUGCCCUCUCUGCAAACGCAGUGUACUCGGUAAUUUCCGCUGAAGUGGAGCAGCUCUCACUGGUGGAUCGGUAUCGAGGUAACUCAGCUCACAUCUCCCAACCCUGUACUGUACAGCUGGGGCAUCACUACAAGAACGAGCCCUGACCUCUCCACAGACUCCUAACCCUCACGUCUGACCUCUGAGGACCCAUUUUCCUGACCUUUUCUUUUUUUUUUAAAUAUCUGCGACGGAUUUUAGAAGCAUGGGAUCCCAAUCUGGAUACGUUUGUGUUAAUGAAGACCUUUUGGAGACUGAAACAGACUGAAAGAGCGCUUCUUUUGGUAGGAGGGGGGUUCAGUCUGUGUUUUCUGAACGCUGCUUCUGGUCGCAUGUCUCCCAAUAGUCCGUCCCCUGCACCGAUUAGCACCGUGCACCGUGUCGCCUCCUCUUACCUGCACUAGCUGAUCUGUAGCGCUUAUGUUAAAGCAGUUUAAAAUCAGACAAAACUGCAACAAAUUCUAACAAAUUCUCCAGUAAUAUUUCAAGUCAAAGUUUAUUUAUUUAGCACUUUUUACAACAGGUGUUGUCACACAGAAAAAUCCAGGUCCGAGCCCCCAUGAGCGUCGCCAGUGGCGACAGUGGCAAGAAAAACUCCCUAAGAGCAAAGAGGAAGAAACACUGAGAGGAACCAAGACUCAAAAGGGAACCCAUCCUCCUCUGGACCACAGCAUACAGCAAAACAGUAUUUAUGACUACGCUCACAUUACAAGCCUCAUUGUUCAAAUCUGAUUUUUUGCUCAAAUCCGAUCUCUCUGACAGGACGGUUCACACUCGUUUAGGUAAGUGACUCAGUUCUGUCAUUAAU